UUGCUGGAUAAAUAUAAGUACGUUUGCAAUACGUUAAUGGGGGGAAAUUUAAACUGGAUUGUUGUGAUAUAAAAAUGGUUUAGCUAUUAGACACAGAAAAUUUAGGAGAAAGAUUUAAGACUUCUGGCUAUACUGUCUAGCAGUCUUACCAAUACAGUUUCACAUAAACAGUUCUGGUAGAAAGUUUGGGUGACAUGGCUAUAUAGUAUAAGUGUACUGCGCAUAAUCACUGCUACGGUAUUAGUUUUCCCGCUUCAUAACCUAUCAUACCUAUCAUACAAGCGUGUUGCAAGCGAGGGGAAAAGGGAGUUAUUUUUCAAUGUUUUUCGACUUCAGUUUUAUUAUAUUAAAGAAGCAGUUUGUGCAAUAAUGUUUGAUGAAGAUGUUCUAAAUCUUAAGGACGUAUUAAUUACGUGGGGUUUAGAUGAAUAUUACGACGGAUUUUGCGCUCAAAAAAUAGAUUUAGAUGAAUUAAGCCAAUUGCAUAUACCUGAAUGGUCAGGAGUUUUAGAAAAUCUAAUACCUGUAGCAGGUCACAGGAUUAGAUUUGUAAAAAAAAUUACAGAGCUAUUCGCACCUGAUAAUUUAUUGAAGGGUCAGAGUAUUGUCCAGAAAGAUUAUAUCGAAAUAGAAAUUACUAAGGAGGAUAUCAGUUUCGCGACACAUCCUGAAAAUACGUCUUUUACAACAUCCGCAGAAAAUAAUAGUGAAAAUGUUGCAAAUCCUUCUGCAAUUAGUAAAAAAAAGAAAUGCAGAUGAUUCAUCUCAUCUUGCAAAAAUCCC